AUGAACCGUCUCGGCGUGCGUCGCUUUGCGACGACGGCCGCUCGCGCCAUUGACCCCCCCAGCGCCUACUCGCUCAACCUUUCCAGGGCGCAGGGCGUUGUCAAGGGCCUCACUGGCGCCAUCGGAAACACCCCCUUAAUUCGUCUUAACCGCCUCUCCGCCGAGACCGGCUGCGAAGUCCUCGGAAAGGCCGAGUUCAUGAACCCAGGUGGCUCCGUCAAGGAUCGUGCCGCCCUCUACGUCGUCAAGGACGCUGAGGAGCGUGGCCUGCUCAAGCCGGGCGGCACUGUCGUCGAGGGAACCGCCGGUAACACCGGCAUCGGCCUCGCCCACGUCUGCCGCUCGCGGGGCUACAAGCUCGUCAUCUACAUGCCCAACACCCAGUCUCAGGGCAAGAUCGACCUGCUGCGCCUGCUGGGUGCCGAGGUCUACCCCGUCCCAGCUGUCGCUUUCGAGAACCCGGAGAACUACAACCACCAGGCUCGCCGUCACGCCGAGUCCCUCGAAAACGCCGUCUGGACGAACCAGUUCGACAACACGGCCAACCGCCGCGCGCACAUCGAGACCACGGGUCCCGAGAUUUGGGAGCAGACGCAGGGCAAGAUCGACGCCUUCACCUGCGCGACGGGCACUGCUGGCACUCUGGCCGGAAUCACGCGGUUCUUGAAGGAGAAGAGCGACGGCCGCGUCAAGUCCUUCCUCGCUGACCCCCCGGGCAGUGUGCUUCACUCGUACGUGAGCUCCGGCGGCAAGCUCGUGGAGCGCACCGGAUCCAGCAUUACGGAGGGCAUCGGCCAGGGCCGUAUCACCGACAACCUGGCUCCCGAUAUCGGGCUUGUCGACGGCUCGCUGCACAUUGCUGACGAGAAGAGCAUCGAGAUGGUGUACCGCUGCCUGGAUGAGGAAGGUUUGUACCUGGGCGCCAGCUCGGCCCUCAACGUCGUGGCGGCCAAGGAGGUGGCCGAGAAGCUCGGAAAGGGACACACCGUCGUCACCAUCCUGUGCGACGGCGCGUACCGCUACGCCGAGAGACUGUUUUCGCGCAAGUGGCUGGGCGAGAAGAAGCUUCUGGGCGCGAUACCCAAGCAUUUGGAGAAGUACAUUGUCCUGCCGUAG